AUAAGAGAUAAAAUCUUAUAUAUACAAUCAACAACAACAGUAAAUCAACAAAUAAUCAAAGUGAGUAAAUCCUUGAACAUUAAAUGCUGGUAUUACCUGAGAAAAUAUCAAACUAUUAAAGUGACCUUUACCUCUGUUGGUUGCAAUUAGUAAAUUGUAUUUACACCAAUCAGUUUGUGAUUAAUUUUGAUUCUCUCCCGGUGGUUUUUUCAAACAAUUUGACGGUCAACUAGUUGAUCCUUGAAUAGUUUAUUAAUUAUCCAGCCUUCAUCUAAUCACUGUGGUCAUUAUCUUUGGUUAACUGCGAUUGUAAUAAAUAGCAAUCGAACAGCAGAAAUUUUCAUCAGUCAACAAUCAACGACAACGAAAACAACAUUAACUUUUGUUUUAGUAAAUUAGUGAAUUAACAACAAUCAACAACAACAAUGAAAUUCUCGGCAACAAUCAUCUAUUUAAUUGUUACUUUAACCAUUGGAUUAGUUUCUGCUGAUUAUUAUGGCGCUGGUUUCCCAGUCGCUGGUGGUGCAGGUUAUGGUCCAGAAUUGAUUCGUUACAAAAAGGUCCCAUUCCCAUAUCGAUCUGGACGUAACAUCGGCUAUGGUCAAGGCGGAUAUUUGGGUGGAGCCGGAGGCUAUGGAGGGUAUCCAUUAAAUGACGGGUACUAGAAUCGGAUGAUUAUCGUCAUGGUUUAGAAGCCCUUCAAUUGGAAAAGGACUUUUAGAGAGGAUUUUGGGUUAAUUUGCAUAAGAUAUAAAACGCACUCAUUUGCACGCAAUUCACAAUCAACAACAGCUAAACAAUAAUUCGUAGUUUGGUGAUUGUUUGAUGUAUUGAGCUUCUUCUUACACUUUCACUCAUUUCAUCAUUAAUCUUUUAAUCGUAAUCACUUGAUUACGAUAAUCAAGAUUAGAUCAGGAUGGAGGAUCAGGAUCACUGCUUUUCCUGCUUAGCUGUGCACCUUGAUGGUCAACCAAUUUGCUCAAUGGUCAUCGAAAAAAUCUUAGAAUCCAUCUAAUUACAUUGUCACCAUCUCUUUAAUUGUUGAGUUUAAUUUUUGCUUCAAUCACACAAUUUGCACUUGCACUGAUGCUGUUUAUAGACAAAAAUCACACUAAUCAACCAAAUUACAUCAACAAUCAACCACCAGAUUAAAUCAUUAACUAAUUAUUAAACCAUCACAUCUAUGCCAAUCCAAAACUCUUUAAAUUUUGUAAUCAUCUCUUUUUUUUACCUUUGUCAUCAAAAUGUCAACACAACUAUUUUUUUGUUGUUAAUUGUCAUUAAAAAAUAAUUUAGAUUGAAAA